AGCGCACGGCUGAGGCACAGUCGGAGGAAGCGCCAAGCACAGGGAGAGCGGCUGCAGCAGGAGACGGCCCUGGCAUGGACACAGUGCCCGUCUACCACGGGGCCAUCACCCGAGAGGCUGGGGAGAAGCUGCUGCUGGCGGCGGGCACGGACGGCAGCUACCUGCUGCGGGACAGCGAGAGCAUCCCGGGGGUCUACUGCCUCUGCGUGCUGCAUCAGGGUUAUGUUUAUACCUACAGAGUGUCCCAGACAGAAACUGGAUCCUGGAGUGUUGAGACAGCGCCGGGGGUCCACCGGCGGCUCUUUCGGAAAAUGCACAACCUCAUUUCGGCCUUCCAGAAACCCAACCAAGGCAUUGUAACACCCCUGCAGAACCCAGUUGUCAACCACAUGAAAGCCAACUACUCCCCAGGGAGGAAUGAAGGCUAUGACUUCCACCUGCAGCCAUCAUGAGGAUGUCUCCCCAAGUGUGACAGAACCACAUCUUCCAGCAUCUCCUCUAAUCCAUGCUUUAAAACAGAAUGAUUUAUAUGAUUUAUAUGAUUUAUAUGAUAACAAAUACAACUCUGUGAGUUUUCUUUUAAACAUUUGCAGAAAUGUGUAUUUCAUAGAAUUUAUUGCUCAAGAUGUAGAAGUUUAAGUUUCAGAAUGCUUUGAACUUAGAGUGGGAUAUUUUUUGGUUUUGUUUUGGUUUUUCCCAAGAGAGGAUAAAAAAACAUGAACUGAUAAAUCUUUUAUGUUUUUUUUCUCCCUUUGUACUGUCAAGUAAAAAUAUUUUUCCCUUCAAGAUCAUUCUUAAUUAAUAAUUAGUUAUUAAUUUUACAUUGCUUAACUUUGGAUCUUGCUUUGCUUUGUUCUGGUUGGCAUUAUACAGAAUUGGGCAAAUGCCCUUUUAUAACCUUAGGAGAAUUGUUUGCAUUAAAGUGUCCUUGCCUUGGA